ACAUUUCGCAAUUUGGUUUUAUCUACUACACUUACAAUGGUAUUAACUUCUGGAAAGGCAGUUAAGAGUGUUUCCGCUCCCCGAUAAAUAAAUAAAUUCAAGGCAGCAGAAAUUACGUAUUUAUUUUUGAGUUUUAUGUUCGAAUCUCACUCCGUAUUUUGAGUUCACAUUUCUAAAUCAAAAUUCUCCAAACUGUCCCCUGUUUAUGAUUAAAUAUUUUAAACUUAAAUCUUACAUUUGUUAGCGAAUAUCAAGAUCAGGUUUCUAUUCCUACUUUAACUGACCGUUUUUAUGUAAGUUAGAUCGCUAAUGGAAAAACACAUCAACGAAGCAUCUUCUAUGUGGUCUUACAACUUUGUCAGAAAUAGCACCAAAAAUCCCACAAAUACAAGGCUUUCGUCUCAAAAAAUCCCCCCCAAAUCAAGUACAUAUUUGGUCAUGUACGCUGAAAAAUAUACACCGAUUUGAAAAAAAAAACGCGAAAGUUAUAGCAAGAUUUACUUUGAUCAUAGGAUCUUGGACAACAAAGUAUGUGUGGAGUAACAAUAUAGUCGCCUUAAUUUCUCAUUUCCUACAAAUGGGAGGUGGGACUAAAUUCUAUAACUUACCAGAAGGCAAAUAUCCCGGAAUUCCAAUACUCGUGCAUUCCAAAAUAGUUUACACCGUGUAAAAUAUCAAUAGUGAAUUUGACAGAUGUGAAUGGAUCCUUUGUUCUCACAUUGGCUAGAAUUAUUGAGAACAAACUCUUACCAUGACAUCUUUUGGAUGGAAGAGAAAAAUAGGAGAAAAAGUGAGCAGAUCUGUAUCGACUGUUUUCCAGCCAGAUGAAACAGACGAAGACAAUUUUGACGAUGAGGUGGACUGGCUUACUCUGGCCCCGAAACGGAGCUUGAUCCUUGAAGAUGCAGUCAUCAAAAGUGCACGAUUGAAGGAAGAAGGAACGACGUUGUGUGAAGCAGAGAGGUAUUGGGAAGCUAUCAAAAUAUGGAGCGAAGCUAUCCAGCUGACACCCUAUGAUGCUAGACUUCAUGAAAUGAAAGCACAGGUAUUGUUAAUAUUACAUGAAGUUUUUCCUGCUGUUCAGUUUGCAGAGAAGGCCACACGUUUACAACCAAACUGGUGGUUAGCCUUUCAGACCCUUGGCCGAGCUCUGCUAGGUCUUGGAGAAGUUCAUUUAGCUGUACGAGCUUUCAGCAAGGCCGUUCAUCUCAAUCCCUGUGUUCAAGAACUGUGGGAAGAUGACCUUAAAUGGGCCUGCACUCUGCUGGAACAAAAGAAACACAUUACGACAGAACUUGAAAAAAACACAAACACCAAUUCAAACGUCCGAGAGAUCUUAAGUGAAGAAGAAGAAGAUGAUGAUGAUGAUGAUGAUGAUGAUGAUGAUAACAAUACCAUUAAGGAUAUAAAUGACAUUAACUCAAAACCUAUAAAGAGCGUGCAGAUUUCAGCAAUGUCAUUAGCAGAAGUGAAAAAAUUGAAAAACAGUUCUUCAGAUAGCAGUACAACAACAACAACAACUACUACUACUACUACUACAACUACUACUAAAAAGACUAUAAUUACACUACCAUCUAAUUAUGUGAUGAUGCGAUAAUUAUCUUAAUACAUUACAUCCUUGGCCACACUUGUAAAUAAUGCUCCUGAAAUAAACCUACUUUCUUAUAAUUACA